CGCUUUGACAAAUAAAAAAGCAGAAGCAAAAAAACUGUGAAAAGCAAUAUGUCAAUAAGGAGAAUUUUCGUAAACAAUCUAAUGAAAUUGUAAAAUACCGAGUGCUUUCCGGCCUAUUAGGAGGUGAAAAUGCAGCACAACCCCCAGGCGCACUUGUUCCAGAUACAGGUUAAAUCUCUAAUUAAAACUCUUAAAUGUCUGCAGUCGGACGAUAAAUACCAGGCGCUACUGUUUCUCAUUUCGGCCAUUAAACUGUACGUCAAAUUUUUGUACAACGACACUCAAGAGCGCAUCUAUAAGCCGUCAAUACUCAAAGAAUUGAACAACAUUCAAAAUGUGAUUAUUGCGAAUUUGUUAAAGUCUCGCAACGCUGUUUUGGCACCUUCCUCACUUUCUACUCCCGUAUGUGAACUACGUAGUAGCGUUCGUAAUAAUAUCCAAGAGGCAAAUAGUAGUGAUGAAGUUUCACUUGCACAUCCAGGAUCGAAAUCACUACUUCCACUUAUAUCCUACGAACUUAAAGGUAAACUGCUGCGAGGUGGUUUGUUUGAGGAUAUUCCUCUGGUAGGAGCAGUCAAGUUUAAACCUCGCAAACGUUUAGGACUAAUAAGCAGCUUUGGUAAUGUUCAGCUUAAUCGUUCCCUGGUGCGACUGAUCGCUUCGAAAAAUUUCAAGUUGUUCUUCAACAUGUUCGAGCAAAACAUUUUCCCAACCUGGAAAAUAUUCAAAACAGAUCGUCCAAUCCGAUCACGUGCUCGACCUACAAUGCCUGCUAUCUGUUAUAGCGGAGGAUCAUCACACUCGCCUCCAGCAGCUUAUAUCAAGAAAGAAGAUUUUGACUUUGAUCCACCAUAUUCACUUGCUGGAGAUGAUCCAUGUUUUGAAGAGUUAAAAGAUGACGAUGAUGAGCUUCUAAUGCUGAAAGAAGAAGACGAGGAAGAGGAUGACUCUGUUUCCAACGAAAUGUUUUCCGAAGAAUCAUCAACUAAUAAUACUUCGCUAAUGCUUUCCUCCGACACAAAUACUUUGGAUACCAACGAUUCCAAUAUGCUUUCUGGAGAGCGGUGUAAAGAGCAACUUUACCAAUGUCUUCUAUGCGAUAAAAGCUACAGGAAACGUAAAUCACUGGUGAUUCAUUUCAGUCAUCAUCCUGGAUUUUGUCCGGACUGUGGUAAACAAAGAGGCGUAACUUCAGAGGAAAUAAUCGAACAUAACAGAGUAUAUCACAAGAACAGGCCUCAUAUUUGCGAACAUUGUGGAGAGACUUUCACUCGAAACCAACAGUAUCAAGUCCAUAUGCAAGGCCAUUUCAUAAGCAAAACUCGCGUUCAGGAGCAAAAUUGUAAAAAAACAUAUAAAUUUAGCUGUCGCACUUGUGGCAUUGUCUUCAAUAAUCAAAAGUAUUUGGAAAAACACGCUCAAAAAACUUGCCACCAGACAGAGGGCGUGGCUUGUGAUACUUGUGGUGCGAUUUUCUCUUCUGAUAUUAAACUCUACCAGCAUAUUGCAAGAACUCACGAAAAUGAAAAACGCUUCACGUGCGAACAUUGCGCUAAAGUAUUUAAUCAAAAAGCGAAUCUCGAUCGGCACCUAUUGAUACACACCAAUGUCUCUGAAAAAAAUUACCCUUGCGAACAGUGUAGUGCCUCAUAUCUAUCAAUGACUUCUUUGAAGGAACAUAUUAAGAUCGCGCAUAGUGCGGAUGACAAAUUUGAAUGCAACAUCUGCCACAAACUGUUUGCUGCCAAACGUUCUCUGAAGCGCCAUAAAUUAUGUCACUCGGAAGAAAGACCUUUCCCCUGUACUGUAGAGAACUGCAAAGAGGCCUACAAGAACCAAUCUCAUUUGGUGCGUCACAUGAAGACAGCACAUCACAUUGAGCCACCAACCAAACGAAAGACUAUCAAAGGUGAACAGGGUGAGUUUAUUCCACUAGACCCCAUUGGCACUGGAGAUUCCAAUGCAAGUAAGAGCAAUCCAUUGAAGAAAUCAGUAAUCGGGGGUGGUAGUGACAAGUCUAUUGGCGAUAGUAGUACCAACUUCAGCGAUAACUUGUCUUCAUACAAUUAUGACUAUGUUGAUACGGGUGUGGCUACAGUUGACUCUGGUCAACAGCGUUUGCAAAUGCUUGGACCUGGUGUAACCAGAAUGAGUGGAUCUGUUGCGGUGAAUUUCAAUGAUCCAGUAAUUGGAUACCCGGGAGCAUCCACUGCGAACGAGUCAUUUGAAUGGCAGAAUCUCGAAUUUGGUGGAGGAAGUGUCAAUAGCGUAGGUAACAGUUCAGGCCCAACACAGCUUAAUCAGCUUAACCAAGGCUUCAUGGACAAUAGUCACGUGGCUAGUUCUUCAAGUUACAUGGCUGCUGGUGUACCAGGAAUGAGAACAUACACGGAUCCAAACCUAAUUUGCGAACAUUGCGAUGAGGCCAAUUUUCUUAAUAGUCAGCAGUUGCAAGCUCACAUACAGGAUCACUUUACUGCAAAAGAAGGCAAAGAGCCUUCCGGAAAAAAGCUGCAACGAUUAUAUUGCAAAACUUGCAAUUUGGUGUUCUCCACCGGCCCUCAGCUGGACCGACACAUCCAGAAAACCAAUCAUCACACGGACAGCAUCGUGUGUGAACUAUGUAGUGCAAUAUUCAACUCUAAUCUCAAAGUUUAUCAGCACAUGCUCAAAUGUCAUAAAAAUGAAACCUGGUAUGCUUGCGAACAGUGCUCUAAAGUGUUUAUUUUGAAGCAAGAGUACGACAAACACCAACUGGUGCAUCAAACAGUAACAGAUAAAUCUGUAAUUUGCGAACAUUGUGCGUCGUCAUUUUUCUCGCAGGAGGCACUUAAGGAACAUAUCAAAAUUUCGCACACAGUGGAAAAGAAAUACGAGUGCAACAUAUGCAACAAACUGUUCGCAGCUAAGCGAUCCUUGAAACGCCAUAAACUUUGCCAUGAGGAGGAAGGCGCAUUCCCGUGCCUCGUCGAAGAUUGUAAAGAAUCUUUCAAAACACCUACCACCUUGGCGAAACACAAAAAGUUGGUUCACAGCAUUGGACCUGACCCCAGUGAAAAAACUGGAGGAAAAGGCAAAGUGAAUACAGCAGCGAAGGCCGCCAAUGAUAAAUUGCUACCUGAACCACCACCAGCUACAGGACCAUCGUCUAACACAUCCGUUCUCGGUUUGGGUCCAGUUCCCGGUACGUCUGUCCCAAUUAAGUUAGAACCACGUACUCCAGGAGGUAUGCUAGUACCUCCUUCCCGAACUAGCAGCACGAGUAGUGCUGGAGCAGGCACCAAUGCAAAUACAAAUCCGUAUGAUCCGUAUGGUGCGGGGAUACAUUAUAAUAAUGUAAUGAGCUCUGGUCAACAACCGGCUACACACUUUGCCGUACAAAAUCCGAACAACACACUUCAUUACGGCACAAAUGCAACUGGUAGCCGCACGGGAAGUGAACAGCCCAUGACAUACCGGAUGGAUCCUAACGCCUCGCCUUCUGCUCCUGGACCUUACAGCCAUGGUUCCGCUGGAGGCUAUGGUCAGAUGAACAGUUCCUUUGAAUGGCGAAACAUGGAGCUGCCAAACAGUAUUGACCCAGGAAUGGGAACAUCUAGUGCAGGCGCUGGCCAGACAGUACAAUCUGUAACUGCAGCAAUGAAAGCAAACAAAUACUACCCAGUGAUGGAAACCAGUGGCGCCUCAAGUGGUGGAUUUAUUCAGUCCCAACAGUCACCUCACCAUCUACAACAACAACAGCAACUCCAUCAACAUCAUCCACAACAUCCGCAUCACCAGCAAACGCAACAACAACAACAAGCUCAACAGCAUCAAGUUGUUACAGGUGCCGCAGUGCUCCAAGCGAAAGCUCCGCAAGAAUCACAGCAACAUCAUCAGCAACAAAUGAUAAAUAUAAACAGUCAGGAGUUUAUGGGGUAUCAGGAAAUUUGGAACGCGAAUAUGGUAAAAAUGGAGUAUCAAGAUGACGUAAACAACUCGAAUGUUUCAGGAAGCUCGUAUAAUAAUAUUGGAAACAUUUUAUCGAAUCUAGAGCUGAUAGGUAAUAAUAGCAACUAUGAGCAAAGCUAUGACAUUGUACCACCCUCGGCUAGUGGUGGUGAUGCACAGCAUUCACAGCAACAACAAACCAACCAAACGUCAUCGCAAGUGCCACAAAUUGCACCUAAGAAUAAUUAUCAUAAGCAGCAUAUGCACCAGCAACAACAGCAGCAGCAUCAACAACCAGGAAUGCUAAAUGUAGAAAAUCCUAUGGUGGUUCCCCAUCAUCAUCAACAGCAACAAUAUUUUCAAGAACAUCAUCCACAACAGCACCACAGCAUUCAUCAUCAGCAACAACAGCCACAUCAUCAACAACAACAGCCACAUCAUCCUGGGCAUCCAGGACACCAUGGUCAGUUGCAUAGCCACCAUGGUCAGCAGCAAACACCAAGUCCACAUCAUCAUCCACCUCAUAUGCAGCAGCUUCAGGGAACACCACAACAACAGCUGCAGCAACAUCAGUACAAUGCACAUCUUCCACAUCAUCAGCAGCAACCACAGCAUCCACAUCUUCAUCCUCAUGCGCCGGGACCACCUCCUGGUUCACAUCACAACACUGUAGUUGGGCCAGCUGCAGCUGGUCAUCCUCAUCAGCUUCCACACCACCAACAACAGCCUGGUAUGAGUUAUCCAAAUCAACAACAUCCCCAUCAACCGCAGCAGCAGCAACAACAACAACAGCAACCGCAAGAUCACACUCUUACUGACAUAUCGAAAACCAACAACCUGCAGUUUGUCGACAGUUUUACGGAGUCGAUUGAUUAUCUGCAACAGUCGUUUCAGUAUGUGUAAUACUAAACACACGAGGUACCAAUGAAAACCAGUUGCCUACAGUCAUUCGUCUCAUAUAGGUUUUGCAAUUCUGCAUGCAUUGCAUUGGUUUUUGUUCAAGUGUACUCACUCAUCUCGAAUACUUCUGGGUAAUGAGUUAUUUUUUUUACUAUAUUUUUUUCGAAUUAUAAUAUGUGAUUGGGAAUUUGUUUAAUGUAGCUGUUUUACUGUUUGUUGAAACUAGAAAAUUAUUUCCCAAUGCAUAUUAAAUAUGUAUCCCCUGAAAUUUUCAGAUGUGCAAUUGUAGCUUUUUAUAUGCGUUUCAUUAACAUUACGCAAAAGUCAUCCGUGUUUUGUGACCCUGGUUUCAGAAAAUUUGGAAAUGUACAAGGGUUCACUAGAUUAUGUGAUUAUGUUUUUAAUGAUCACACGAUUCCAAAUAUGAUAAUGACAACACAUAAACAGAAUUGGUUUGAGUUCAUUAUUAUUAACCAGUAUCGUGUAAUUUCGUUCCAAAUAAAAUGUUUUAUUUAAUUCUAAUCCAGCAAAUAUCUGUCAAUUGAUUCGCGAUAGUAAUAGAACUAUAUAAUAUCCGUUCGACGAUUUGUUAAGCUUGCAAACUACGUUUUAUUGCCUGUCACAACAAACCCGUCGAAAUGAGUAUGUACACCACAAAACUACCAAUGGUACUUUCAUAUUCUCAUCUUCAUCCGUACUACAAUCAUAGUUACAAUUAUUCUUCUUCAUAACAUGCCUGCGAAAUCGUUUUUGUUUUCGCUGUGUAUUCAUCGACCACUGAUGGUUAGUAAGUAAGGAAAAGAAAGCAUUAGAUUUCAUCAAUAUUAUCACCACCACUUAAAACAACUCAUCCAUUAGUUUUAACACACAAUAGCAUCCACUCUAUUACUCCCGGAUUAGUUUAUGGAAGUAAAAAUCUUUGCAUAUAUAGCGUCUAAGAAAGCAUUAAGAAACCUAUAUUUCAAUACAGAGCAUAGUGUCCGAAACGGAAUAAAAUAUAUGUUAAUACUUUUAAGCAAACAAAAAAAUCAAACAAUUGUAACGUGGAGUGGAAUGAGCGAGAUCAAACCCAGUAAGAAUUUAUAAAACAGUUUGACUGAGUUUUACAAGCAGUAACGUAUGUCUGUGAAAGAUUGUUUUAAUUUCAAACUCAAAAUUGAAUAUUUAGUUCUAACUGUUUUCGUAAAACAACUAUUACUCAGAGAAAAGUUAAAUUACGAUCGAGUAGUUAUAAUCGAGGACGGACAACAUUGAGGCAUGAAUGGAGAAUAAGAACGAGAAAAAGUAUGAAUCUUUGUAAUUAUACUAAUAAUAAGUGUUGAAAAGAGAAAUAUGUUUGUAUUAGCUCCACAUUUUAGCUGUGGUAUUCGAAGCACACAUGCAAGCAGAGAGAUAAGUAUGUUUAGCCAGAGAGAGGUAAUAUAUAUUUAAAUAACCUUGCGCGCCAGAAAUGGCGCGGAAUUUUAUUACAAAAAAAAAACGUUGUCUUCAGUGACAGCAGAAUAAAAAUGUAUAUCUCAAAUUUUUACUACCUAUCGUAUCUCAGAAAUAGAGUGACACUAAAUUCUUGCAUGAACAAAUGAGUGAGGGAGCAGAAACACAUACACAAACACAUAUACAUAAUUGCUAACAAUAACCGGAUAAGACACACCACAAGCAUACUUGUAUUGAAUAACAUACUUGCAUAAAAUAAUAUAUUGAUGAACAAGUGAAGCAAACUAUUAAAACUAUUAUAUACACAACACAAUUAUUAUAUUAUUGAUUAUUAUUAUUAUAUCAUUAUUACUAUUAUUAUUGCGAAUAAAUGCUAAAAAUAAUUGUGACAUAAACAUGAAA